GAGGUCUCUAGUUGUAGCCCAGAAUUCUAUAGGAUUAUAAGAGUCGAUGCAUGGAGAUCAAUAUAUAGCCUAUAACACUGUCGGCUACAGCAAUAGUGCCGCUUCCCAAACAGAUGAAGAUAAUGUUUAUGAAUUAUCGGAUGAUCUAGAAACCAUAGAAAAUGAUGCAGCUGUGAAACAAGACGAUCCCGAGAAUGUGGUAGAAACAGCAACAGAAAUUGAUGACACUUAUGCCGUCGUACCUGACGUAUCUGUUGUAAAAAAUGUGUUCCAGAAGCAAGAACUUCCCGCAAAUCCAAAGAAAUGCUCUAACUUAAGAGUUGUGAUCAUUUUGACCUUUGUGAUAGCUAUAGUGUCGGUCCUUCUUGCUGUCUCCUUCUUUACUUACGGUCAGUUACAGAGUGCUACCAUAUCAGAGGAUAUUCAAGCUCUUCAUAACAAUACUGCCAAAGAUAUUCAUGCUCUAAAUGUCAAAUAUCAAGAUCAAAUAAAGAGUUUGACAACUCGAAUAAUGGAGUUAGAAGUGUAAUUGAAUGGAACAGUUCGCAAUGAGAUUAACAAUGCCUUUCAUAGUUUACAGAUGGAGUCAAGUGCGAUUAAUGAGACUCUGCUUAAAGUGAUUGAAAACACUUGGCUAAGUCUUCGAGGUCUAGAGGAGCAAGUUUUGUCGACUAGGUUCUUAACUCCGAUAAGCUCCUGUAACGACAUUCCAGAAAACACUUCAGGAGAGUUCUGGAUGCUGAGGUCUAUUAAUGGCAGUGGUUCAUUGAUGAAGGUUUAUUGCGAUGCUACUCUCAGGAAUUGCAGCUGUGACACAAGUGGUGCUUGGAUGAGAAUAGCUCACAUCGACAUGACAGAUCCUAGUCAUCACUGCCCCGAUGGAUUCAAAACUAUUAACAGGACGGAGAAACCAUUACGAACAUGCGGGAGGCCUGAAGAAUUUACUGGUGAAUGUGUUUCUUCUACUUUCCCUGUGCAUGGAACCGAGUACUCCCGUGUAUGUGGUAGAGUUAUUAGCUACCAAUAUGGAUCACCAAACGGAUUUGCACCGUUUUUAUUUCGAGUUUCUUCACAAAGUAUAGAUGGUGCCUAUGUUGAGGGCAUACUUCUUACACAUGGGACACCACGGCAACAUAUUUGGUCUUUUGUAGGAGCUCUGGGCGAAAAUCUAUCAAUGGAUCGAAACUUUCAAGUUGCUAACGUUUGCCCGUGCAUGCUCACAAAUAAUGAUGGCUAUUAUUUACGGAAUAUCACUAUUCCACCUUGGGUGGGAAACAGCUAUUUCUGUGAUACAGCCAAAGAAGAUACGAAUUACAAUGCCACCCUUCUCUACUCUGAUGAUCCACUCUGGGACGGUGAGGGAUGCGAGAGUAACAGUACUUGCUGCGAGUUCAACAACCCACCGUGGUUCUGCAAGCAACUCCCUCAGCCAACUACUAACGAUAUCGAGUUGAGGUUGUGUAAGGCAUUUCCAAUUCGAAGUGAAGAUGACACACCAUUUGAACUUGUAGAUAUAUUUAUUAAGUAACUUUUCCUAAUUGAAGUGGCUGAUUUAGAUUUUUUUUUCGUACUAAUUGCUUAUAAUUUAUACCUUCUAUAGCUACGAGUGCAUACGUUUAUAACUAUAUAAUUAUAUGCAUAUAUAUCAUCAUCACAUGUAGUGUUUCAUUGUGUUUUGUCGUGCUCAGUUGUGAUCAUGCAUACAAAGGACUGGUCUGACUGCAUGUAAUCCUUUAUCGUUCUCUCCUAUUAUACUCACUUAAACCAUUAUUUACUUGUAAAAAGAAACAAAUUUGU